AUUUGUAAAGUUUUUGAUGAUUGUGUUUUGAACCCAGGAAUGUAUUCAAGCAAGUUUGGACAAAUAAUGGUGUGAAACUUGUUUCUAACCUCCCUUAUCCUCUCUAUUCUUCUUCUGCCCUAAACCCUUCUUCUUCCUUCAUUCACUUCAACUCUUCUACCUCCAAAUCGACUAUUUCAAUGUAUUCAACGCUCAAUCCAGCAAUGAAUUCUCUGUCCUUGCCCAAAAAUGGCGGCCUCAUCUCCCUUCCGCAGCCUCUUCUCGCCGCCGCAAAAUCCCAACACUUCUCCCUCGCUUGCCGGCCCAAUAAGCACCGCCCCUCUUCCUCCUCCUCCUCCCACUCAUUCCUCCUCUCCCUCCGGUGUCGGAACCCCAAUCUCCAUUUCCGGUCUCGGGUUCCUGUCGCAGCUUCCCAGCGGGAAGACGACGAGGGCACAUUCGUUUUCCAUGAGCAGGACAGAGAUGGAGAAGGAGAGGGAGAUUUAAGCGGCGCUGAUUUCAAUUGGGUAGAAAAUGUGGGCGGAGACGAGGUGGAGGAGGGAGAGGAAAGAGGAGGGAUUUUGGAGGGGGUUGGGGAUGCCGGAGAGGGAGAGAGUGGUGAUGUGUUUGCUGAAGAUUCCGGCGAGUACACAGAACCACCGGAGGAAGCGAAACUAUUUGUGGGGAAUUUGCCUUUCGACGUCGAUUCUGAGGCCUUGGCUAUGAUCUUCCAAAAGGCGGGGACUGUCGAGAUUGCCGAGGUUAUUUAUAAUAGGGAUAUUGGACGGAGCCGAGGCUUUGGGUUUGUCACUAUGAGUACAACAGAAGAAUCGGAGAGAGCUAUUGAGAAGUUCAAUGGUUAUGAGCUUAAUGGGAGAGAAUUGGCGGUUAAAAAGGCUGAUCCGAGAGGUAUACGUCCCGAGCGUCAACUCCAACCCAUUCAAACUUCUCACAAAAUCUAUGUUGGGAAUAUCCCAUGGAGCUUGGACGAGUCACAGCUUGAGCGAAUGUUCAGCGAACACGGCAAAGUCGUGAGCGCAUUCGUGGUUCGCGAGAGAGACAGCGGCCGUUCGCGAGGCUUUGGCUUUGUGGUUAUGUCAAGUGAGACCGAAAUGAACGACGCGGUUGCAGGUCUUGAUGGCAAGAAUGUUGAAGGACGGACGAUUAGAGUCAGUGUGGCCUUAGCAAGACAAAGAGGCAACUAUUAAGGUGUGUAUUCGUGGUUUUUAAAGUUU